CGGUAAUAAGAAAACAAAGAAAAAAAAGAAGGAAAAAAAGAAAGAAAUCGAACUCGUUUCCUGAGAGACCAAAAUCUCACUUUCCAUUCAAUAUUUUGGUUUGGCUUCUUCUCCAAAUCACACUGCGCCCACCAACCCCACCCCAAUGCCAAUUUCAGUUCCCUCAAUCUCUUUCAAAUGUGAUUCCAACUUCUUCAUAUUCCUCCUUUUCGCUUCUGUUUUCCCUUUUCAGAUCGCUUACUGCUCCAUCCUUUGCUGAGGAUUCAAACCCAUUCUUCCUGAGGUUUUUCUAUUUGCGUUUUUUCCUUUUUUUUCCUUUUUUUUUUCCUUUCCUGUCCUGUUAUUGUGACCUUUUUCAGAAGAUCAUACUUCUCAUGAUUUGUUGUUUUUGGGGACAUUGGCAAAAUCGUAUGCUAGUUCUUCUUUGAUCACAACGGUUUUACAUUACGAUUCUUCCAUUGUUUUUUCAACUUGGCUUUCCCUCGAAUGCCUAGAGAUUUCACACAGUUCAUUACUUUCCUUGUGAUCAAUCUAAGAAACUGGGUAUUGGCUGGUGGUUUUAUGGGUAUUUAACUUAUGCCCUUUAUGUGUUUUGUUGUGUAGUUGAAUAGGAUUUGGGAGAAUCAAAACUGGGAAACUGAAGAAUCUGUUUCUGCUUUAUUAUUAUUAUUAUUAUUAUUAUUAUUUCUUGUUUUGGGAGCCUCAAUAGCAAUGCCACGGUGUAGGAUGGACAAGGAGGAAGGAGAGAAGCAUCUUGGUUUGCUUAAACUGAUGCAGAUUCUUUCAUUUUUGGUUGUUUUUGUGGCUGGAGUUGUUAUUGGAUUAGCAACAACUUCUCACGUUAGCAGAUACUUUACCUCACAGGCUGAGCUUUACUCUUUUAUCAAUCAUUUUUCGGUUCCCACUACUCAUGUGGAAGAGAAUUGUACUGAUUCAAACAUAUGUGAGAGAAAGGAUUGUUCUAGCUUUCAUAUGUUUAUCCAUCCAGAUAAUCUGACUCAUGCUAUGUCUGAUGAUGAGCUUUUCUGGAGAGCUUCAAUGGUGUCAAAGAGAGAGAACUAUUAUCCCUUCAAAAGAGUGCCAAAAGUGGCCUUCAUGUUCUUGACUAGAGGCCCUCUGCCCAUGCUGCCAUUAUGGGAGAGGUUCUUUGCUGGCCAUGACAAUCUGUUUUCUAUUUAUGUGCAUGCCCUUCCAGGCUAUGAGCUAAAUGUGUCCACGAGUUCUGUUUUCUACAGACGGCAAAUCCCCAGUCAGCGUGUUUCUUGGGGAACGGUAUCACUCGCAGAUGCCGAGAGGCGGCUUCUAGCAAAUGCCCUACUCGACUUCUCAAACGAGCGUUUUGUCCUGCUUUCGGAGAGCUGUAUCCCAGUGUACAACUUUCAAACUGUCUACGAUUAUCUGACAAAUUCUGCCCACAGUUUUGUAGAAUCAUAUGAUGAACCAACCCGAUACGGACGUGGUCGGUACAGUCGCCAGAUGCUUCCAGAUAUUAAGCUCCAGCAUUGGCGGAAAGGAUCCCAGUGGUUUGAACUCAGCCGUGCUCUCGCUAUUUAUAUUGUUGCAGACACCAAAUACUACACUCUUUUUAAGAAGUUCUGUAAGCCUGCUUGCUACCCAGAUGAACACUAUAUCCCAACAUACUUGAACAUGUUUCACGGUUCUCUGAACUCAAAUCGCACAGUGACGUGGGUCGAUUGGUCAAUGGGAGGUCCACAUCCAGCAAUGUAUGGACCAGCUAACAUUACUGAAAGUUUUAUAGAAUCUAUAAGAAAUAAUGGGACAGAGUGCCUAUAUAAUUCAGAGAUCACUUCUGUUUGUUACCUCUUUGCUCGGAAGUUUGCUCCAUCUACCUUGGAACCCUUGCUUAACCUAACUUCAUCAGUUAUGAAAUUUUGA